GGACUUUUUGGCGCAUCAUCGCUUUUGUGUGCUACUCUCAUCAUGCCAGCAUCUACCUCCAGCGAUACCAUUUCACCGUCGACCCUCCCCUUCCGAUUGACGGAUGUGUUGGAUGAGGUCUUCUCCCUCUACGCUGCACCAAACAGCGCAACACAAAAGAAUGUCUUCAAGAAGCGUUACCAUCCUGAUGCUAUCUUUGAGGAUCCCAUAUUCCGCGUGUACACGUCACGCGAUCGCGAAGCUCAAUUUGCUUCCCUCCCGUCCAUCUUUCCUCGCAUAGAGAUCUCGCGAGCUCAUAAUGCUGGUGACAUUAAAAUCUACAACGUUACAGCACAAGAUGCUCGUCAAGAUGGUCUUCCGCAAUCGUUGACCCAAUCGCCCUUGGUUCGCAUUGAGAUUCCCAAUACGCAAAAAUACUACUUGCCGAAGCUGUUAAACUACGUGCCCCUAUCCCCUACAAAGGUGGAUAUCGAGUGUGUGACGCGGCUGACAGUACAAAGGGAUUCCGGGCGUGUGGUAAAGCAUCAAGAUGUGUGGAAGCAGACGGGUGAGCAUUUGCUAGGUGCUUUACCGCUGGUAGGCGGGCCCAGUGCGGCCGUGUAUGCACUUUUGAAGGGUCCGAUUGGCAAGGGCUCUAGCCUCGGUUUGAGGGGUAUGGACUCUAUAGGUUUGUUGAAAUGAAGUAGCACUCUUGUACGUAGCAGCUGGUAUCACCCGCGAAUGGGUUUUAAGCAGCCACAUCUUAAGUAGAACGUUUAAGCUCCUUGGCAUGCGAUUCCUGUCGAAUAGGGUUAUAUACCAGAAAUAAAUGCUCUAUCGUUGUUCUCUACA